UCCCGUCAGUGCUUUUUGGAUGCCCGUAGUGGUUGCAUCGUAGUGGAGUGUAUAACGGCCAGGAGCGAUUCCGUAAGUCGAGACUAGACUCAUCGUCAGUUUCGUGUGGUCUGCCGCGGUUAGCUCAUAUAGUGGCUCCAAGCGAGCAGAUAAGGAGCAAAAGGAAAAAAACUUUGAUAACUCACACACACGCCUAUGUGAAAAAUGUUAAACGUACAGUGAACGUGUGGUUUUAUACAUACAAGUAGGUUGUUAACGGUGACGGAAAUUGAGGUGCCUGGAUGAAAAAUUAUAUUACGUAUCAACGUGAAAUCGAACAAUUACUGACCAACGUGCAUACAUACUUGAUUUAAGGAAAAGAGUUUUGAAAGUGUUUCUAAUUGAAAACGAUAUAAAACAUCGGAAUUAUGAGUAGCGAGUCUUACUCUGCAACUCUGAGGCGACGAGAGUAGAACUUGGGUGCGCGAUUUGUGUUGGCGAAAGUUUUCGGUCGUUUCAUGUUCGAAAGAUAACGACAACAACAAAGAUUUUUAUCUGCAGAUCACAUAUUGCGAUACAUCGAUAAUUACAAUUUUAGCGACUGAAAAUGUCAUCUCAAAUGUAUUCCGAUGGUCACGAGGUCGACGGCAGCUGGGUGCUCCGAGUCUUCGUAACAGAUCAUCAAGUCGAAAGAAGUCUUCGAGUUAAAGGAGAACUGCACAUAGGCGGUGUCAUGCUUCGCCUGGUCGAAGACCUUGAUAUUCUGAUGGAUUGGUCCGAUCACGCCUUGUGGUGGCCUGCUCAUAAUCGUUGGUUGACGAGAACGAGGAGUACAUUGGACCAAUACGGAGUUGCUGCGGAUGCCGUUCUUCAUUUUACACCGAUGCACAAAACCCUCAGGGUUCAGCUACCGGAUCUGCGUUGUCUGGAUUGCAGAGUUGACUUUUCUGUUAAAACAUUCAACGCUGUGAUUAAUCUAUGCAAAGAAUUAGGUAUCAGACACCCGGAGGAACUCUCAUUUUGUAAACCGCUCGAGCCAAAUCACCUGAAAUACAAUCUAAAGGAUCUUCCGGUAAAAAAGAAAAUAGAAAAUCAAAAAAAUCAGAGAAAUGGCCAGUGGAAUAUCUCUGCGGAUACCAACACUUUCAUACCUGCUAGCCAAAGUCCGAGGGGAUCAAACGGGAGCCUCGACCAAAGCAAUCCCUUUAUGUGUGCUCCGGUCACACCAAAUAACAGGAAUCACAGCACACCGAUAAGCUCGCCAGUUUCGCAGACCGGAACUUGGAAAAGAAACAACAAUUCAUCUGGGUUUGGUAGUAACGGUUCCUUCAAUGCAAACAAUAGCACAAUGAGUCUCGAAGCUCUGAAUGGUGGACUGAGCGACUCCCUGGCGCACAGUCCAUCUUUCAUCGCUCCAGAUAUUCGCGCAAAGGUGAUCAGGCCAAAGACGCUUGUGGAACGUGCAAGAAUGAACGUUGCGUGGCUAGACUCGUCGCUUUCAAUAAUGGAACAAGGCAUCAGAGAGUUCGAUACUCUCAGGCUCAAGUUCAAGUUUUACUCAUUCUACGAUCUCAAUCCUAAAACUGACGCUGUUCGUAUAAACAUGAUCUACGAACAGGCCAAGUGGCAACUUCUUUCGGAAGAACUCGACUGCACGGAAGAAGAGAUGCUCAUGUUCGCCGCUCUCCAGGUUCAAGUUAAUCUACAGGCCGGCAUACCUCAACCGAGUAGUGACAGUAACGGUGGGACAACGCAAGUCGAAGAUGAUAUAGACGCAGCUUUGACCGAUCUGCAAGUAACUCUGGAAGGGAGUAAUAUCAGCAGCAGUCCGGGCGACAUAACACAGAUUCCGGAACUCUGCGAUUAUCUGCGCUUCCUAAAACCAAAGCGAUUCACUUUAAAAGCGUAUAAGCGCUAUUGGUUCACGUGUAGAGACCUCCAACUCAGAUUGUACAAAACUAGGGAAGAAGAAAACGGACCCGGAGCACCGGUACACAGCAUUAAUCUGCGCGGUUGCGAAGUCACACCGGAUGUUCAUUUGUCACACAGUAGAUAUGGAAUCAGACUAGAAGUACCCAGCGCUGAAGGAAUGACAGAAAUGUGGAUCAAAUGCGAUACGGAGCAACAAUAUGCCAAAUGGAUGGCGGCAUGCAGACUAGCUGCCAAAGGACGCAGCUUAGCUGAUGCAUCCUACGAAACCGAAGUUAAUAGUAUCAUGGCGUUCUUGCAACUACAGAGACCUGCACCAGCACCAGCAAUAAAUCCAAAUUCUCUCGAUAUCACACCGGAGGAUUAUGUCGCACCGAGAUUUGCAAAGAAGCUUAAGGGAAAGCUCGUCCAAAGAAUACUGGAAGCUCAUGCGAACGUGAAAGACUUGCCGCUGGUAGAAGCCAAGCUCAAUUACAUCAAGGCGUGGCAGUCUCUCCCUGAAUACGGAAUAUCUUUGUUCAUUGUUAAAUUUACUGACAAAAACAAAGAGGAGCUCCUCGGCGUUGCAAACAACAGGCUAAUGAGGAUGGAGAUGAAUAGCGGAGACCACCUUAAGACCUGGAGAUACAAUACCAUGAAGGCCUGGAACGUGAAUUGGGAAGUGAAGCAUAUGAUGGUCCAAUUUGAGGAAGGAAAUGUCGUCUUCGAGUGCCACUCGGCGGACUGUAAGGUCGUCCACGAGUUUAUCGGAGGUUACAUUUUCCUGUCGAUGCGAUCGAAGGAAGCAAAUCAGACUCUGAACGAAGAGAUGUUCCACAAAUUGACCGGAGGCUGGGUCUAGGUUCGUUCAAUGUUAUUGAUUAAUUAAAUUCUAUAGGGUCAAUUAUUGCCGAGUCCGUAGUGUUCGUUAUUAACAAAAAUGACGACGGACACAUAGAAAAAAUAUUUUACCGAGGAAUUUAUACAUUUAUAUGAUAUACAUAAUAUGUAAAUACACACAUAUUAUUUGUUGAUUGAUGGAAAAUAAGUUUAUUAUCAAUUGCCGAUUAUCGAUUGGUCGUGGUGCAAAGUACACGAUUACGGUGAAUUGCCGUAGACUAAUAAAAUAAGAAACGAAAAAAUUGAAAAAAAAAAAACAAGCUUUUAACAAAGAAAACCGCGAUGCGUAUUCAUAUAGCAUUACUACGGAGCGAAUUUGAUGUGUGUAGUACCUACAUGUAUAAUUUAUCAGAGCUCCUUGAGGAUACGAAGUACGUUAAUAUUAAAAUAGAAUAAAAAUUUUACAAAUUUAAGUGAUAUAUUUGACGCAUGUUGUAAAUUUAGGGCAAAAUUACAUAUGAAGAAAAAGAAAUUAGUUACAUUUUCCCCGUGCCUUUUGUGAAGUGAGCGUUUUAAUGUAUAUUUAUAACGUUUUUCUCACCUUUUAUAUUUACAUAAGAUUAAAUAAGCUGUAAACAUGGGAUUUUUUUAAAACAUUGCUUAACGCUCGGCAAUCCCACGGCGGAGGCGUUAUUUUUCAGCCAGUAAUUAGCUAAUUCCUAUUAUACGGUCGUUUAAUCAUUACAGUUAUUUACCUGACUCUCGUAGAGAAAAAUC